AUGAGUGCCAAUCCCACUAUCACCCCACUCAAACGAUCGACACGUGAAUACGAUGACAAGGAGUUUCUCGGUGAACACUUUAGCUAUCUGUUGGCCGAUCUGCUAGACGACUGGUACAAUGGCUACAAUCUCGUCGCUUACAAGGCCAUUGACGCAUACGAAGACUAUAUAAAGAACAAUCGACCCGAAAUCAAGGACAUGGAAAUGCACGAGGCUAUCGAUCAGUUCCAGAAACGAGUAGAACAAGAGCUGGACGUACAAUUCAACAUAUUCCAAAAGUACAUGUACGACAAUAUCACGCGUCUACCGCCCAAUACCAAUAUACAACUAGCACAUCACAAGGAUCUCGAUUUAUCGGCAACCAAGGAACAAGAAGAUUUACUCGAUCAAGAAUUACUCAAGGCACGGAGGAAGAUUUUGGCACAAAAAGGAUUCAAGCAUAAACUCGAGUGCAAAUCACGGGAUCUGGAUAAGGAGUUGGCCGAGGUUGACAAGGUUUCCAACAUGCUACAGCUAUUGACCAAGAUAGCACGCAAUGAAAACGUGCCUCAUGUUGAUGAUUCGAUACGCUAUGUUGCAUCAGAAGCAGAACGAUUAAGGCAAUCUACAGCAGCAUUGGUCGAAGCGAUACAAGGAAAUGGAUUGUUGGAUCGAGUCGCAGACAACCAAAACGAUCGAUCGAAAUUUGUGCAAGCGACAUUACAAAAGCUUAUGGAACGAUACAAAAAUAGAGCACCAGCAUCAUCCUCAUCCUAG